GGAAAAUUUUCAGAUAUUUAAAUUCAUAAAAUUUGAAUUCUAAUUUGCUAAAAUUUUAACUAGUGGGUUCGGAUAUUUGAAUUUGAACCUGCAACUAUUAAUCGAAUAAGCAAUGUCAAUUCAGAUAAUGGAUGUAGAGAGGAAAAUGAACUUAAUUAUCAAGUUCAUACACCAAAAUAGAUACCAAAAUGGACUCAAAGUGAUAUUAACCCUUAAUAGUUUAUAUAUGACAUUACCCAAUCAUCGGAGCCAAGCAUUUCUUCGAUUUUGCCCAUCAUGCACCGUUCAUUUCAAUCAUCCACUGAUGCCUACGCCAAUCUUAUAGAAACCUACGCUCAUGAUCGAGCAUUGAAACCAGGAAAACUACUUCAUGCGCACCUGAUCGUCAAAGGGUUGGCUCAUUUGACAUACUUGGCUACCAAGUUGAUAGCUUUUUACACAGAGUGUGGCCAACUAUCAAUUGCUCGUAAACUGUUCGAUAAAAUUCCCAAAAGAGAUAUCCAUCAUUGGAUUUCAAUCAUAAGGGCAUAUACUCGACGCGGGUAUUAUCAGGAGGCGAUUGGUGUUUUCACCGAAAUGCAAACAGAAGGUUUGGGAAUCGACAAAUACCUUAUCCCCAGUGUUUUGAAAGCUUGUGGACAUGUUUUGGAUCAAGAAACGGGGAAGAAAAUACAUUGCUUGUGCGUCAAGAAAUCUUUCGAAAGUGAUGCUUUUAUUACAAGUUCCCUUAUCGAUAUGUAUUCGAAAUGCGGACAAGUUGAGAAGGCAAAAAAAGUGUUCGAUGGGAUGUUUGUGAAAGAUUUGGUAGCUUUGAAUGCUGUUGUUUCGGGGUAUGCUCGAAUGGGGAUUGUAGAAGAAGGGUUAAGUUUAGUGGAGGAAAUGAAAUUGAUAGGAGUUAAGCCCGAUGUGGUUACUUGGAACACUUUGAUUGCCGGGUUUUCAAAGAAAGGUGAUCAUUUGUCAGUGUCUAAAGUUUUUGAAUCGAUGUUGGAUAACGGGAUCGAGCCUGAUGUUGUAUCAUGGACUUCUGUUAUAUCGGGGUUUGUACAGAAUUUUCAAUAUGAUGAAGCUUUUGAUACUUUUAAGAAGAUGAUGAAACAAGGGUUAUAUCCGAGCUCGGCUACAAUUAGUAGUCUUUUUCCUGCUUGUAUGAAUACAGUUAAUUUGAAACAUGGGAAAGAGGUUCAUGGAUAUGCAACAGUGAUUGGAGUUGUAGAUGAUGUUUACGUGAAGAGUGCUCUUGUUGAUAUGUAUGCCAAGGGUGGCUUUAUAUCCGAAGCUCAAACUUUGUUUUACAAAAUGUCUGAAACGAGCAUUGUUACCUGGAAUUCGAUGAUUUUCGGGUACGCAAAUCAUGGAUAUUGCGAGGAAGCAAUACAGCUUUUCGAACAAAUGGAGAAGGAAGGAAAGAAGCCAGACUACAUGACUUUCAUUGCUGUCCUUAAUGCAUGUAGCCAUGCCGGAUUAGUUGAGCUCGGAAAGAGUUUAUUCAACUCGAUACAAGAGAGGUAUGAGAUUUCCCUAAGGGUAGAACAUUAUGCUUGCCUAGUAGAUCUUUUAGGUCGAGCCGGGAAACUCGAUGAGGCUUAUGAUGUUAUUAAAACAAUGCCUAUGGAACCGGAUUUAUUUGUAUGGGGUGCAUUAUUAGGAGCAUGUAGGAACCAUGAGAAUAUCGAUCUUGCUGAACUAGCAGCUAAGCAUCUACGGGAGCUUGAGCCUGGUAGCAAAGGAAACAAUCUGUUGUUGGCGAAUUUAUAUGCUGAUAUUGGUAGUUGGGGAAAUGUUGAAAAGAUAAAGACGAUGAUGAAGAAAAAGAGGUUGAGAAAGUUUCUAGGAUGUAGUUGGAUAGAAGGCUUGUAA